UGCUCGGCAGACGCUCGUUUUCUCCACUUCGGAGAUGUGUUGCAGCUUUUGAAGCAGCUUUUCGUGUCGUCCUUGCACCGGACACCCUGGUGUUGGGCAGUCGUCACUCCUUCUUGUGAUGUACUAGUUACAGGAAAGCACCCUAUCCACUUGCUGCCCCAGCUCAGGCCAAUACGGAGAACACACCGUUCUUCCGUUGCCUUUGUCACCCGAUAGUCGAAGAACAUCUUGGCGUGAACUCUUGUUCGAGCUACGGGAAUGGGUCCUUGUGAGGUCCACACGCUGGACGCCAGACCCAACAGAGCACUAUCUCUUCCUCUCCAUGGUGGAGACGCUGGUGGUCGCAAGGCCGCGACCAAGCGACGUCUCCACUUUGUGAAGGACCGCUCCACCAACUCGGAGCCAGUGAAAAAGCGAACCAAGUACUCCAGAACAGACUGCAUGGAUUCAGUAGCCUGCACGCCAGACAAGAAACGAUCUGACACAUCACUCGGACUACUGACCGAACGGUUCGUCAACCUUCUGCAUAAGGCAGAGGGUGGCGUAGUCGACCUGAAUGAGGCAGCUGCAGCGCUGAAAGUCCAAAAACGCCGAAUAUACGACAUAACUAACGUUCUCGAAGGGAUCAAUCUAAUCCAGAAGAAGUCAAAGAAUAAUGUUCAUUGGAGCCGUGGUAGCUUUGACACAACAGAAGUCUCUGUAGGCAGAGCCCACGCGCUCCAUCAAGAAGUCAGUCAUCUUCUUGAGGAGGAACAGCGUCUCGAUGGCCUCCUCGAAACCGCCCACUCCGUCUACAAGCACAUGCAGAACACGGAGCGCAAGGGCUACGUUGUCAACAAUGACCUGCGUGCAAUCGAGGCCCUGCGCGACCAGACGCUCAUCAUGAUCAAAGCCCCCACCAAUCUCAUCCUGCAGGGCACCACCAGUUGCAAUCCUGGCUAUACUAAUACGACAAGUAAUGUGCUACUGAAGAGCCCUACCUGUGACCCAAUCGAAGUCCUUGUCUGUCCCGACAACAGCGUCUGCGUAGAAGACCAGUGCUAUGCGGAGGAAGCUGCCAACCACCAUCGUUAUGCAGGGGAAAUGUGCUCGUCGCGGCCAUGCUAUGCUCAGCCAACCGACAUGCCACUGCGCUUUGAGUGUACGCCACAGCGGCAAGCAACAACAUAUCCACCGUCACCACCUCUUUCCCAGCCUCUCAGCGAGCAGGAGAUGGAUUUUUUGACGGAAAUUGUAGAUCCAUCAAUACUUGAUGUGAUGACGGGUCAGCUUAUGAGCCAAACGCCGACAAGUCUGAUUGACGACAACACGCCGGACAGCAUCGGCAGUCCGCAGACGUUCAUCAGCCCGUUCUUCAAGCAGGAGCCCGAGCGCGUGCCCUGUCACGACAACCAGCAGGACAUGCUGACGUUCGACGAGAGUCCGGCCUACCAGAACGUGUUUCAGCCCGUGGUGGAGUACGACGGCGACCUCCUGCUGGACAUGUUUAUGUGAGGCGGAGACGGCGUUUCAGCAUCCACAUGACCCCAAUGACUUACCGGUAAUUCAAAUGUUCCAGUGACUAUAUUUCUGACUUGUUCCCUUGCACCUUGUGUCUGCCUGGCUGGCCAUGGUGAUCUGUUAGGAACCAUUUUCUUCCCCGGGCACAAUGGAUAUUGGACACUGUUUGCACCAUUACCCCUCGCCUCAUACUGCUGUCAGGACAGUGCUGUCAGGCGAGGCUUUCCAGCAUUGCACUUCUUUUGUUCCAGUGAAGUCUUUUACGCACUGUUUGUUUUCCUAUCUCCAACAUCACUCUCCCACAGUCAUCCACUGUCGAUGUCGUCACCACCAAUGUACUCUUGAUCGUUUUUGUGCACUUGCCUCAUCUAUCGCUCUUCACUCGUGCUGUGUCUGUUUAAGAGCCCCCCUUCAAUGCUCUGCAGCUCUUCUGCAGCAUAUUUGGCUUUCCUUCGAUGCCCUGCAGCUCUUCUGCGGCAUAUUUGGCUUUCCUUCGAUGCCCUGCAGCUCUUCUGCGGCAUAUUUGGCUUCCCUUCGAUGCCCUGCAGCUCUUCUGCGGCAUAUUUGGCUUCCCUUCGAUGCCCUGCAGCUCUUCUGCGGCAUAUUUGGCUUUCCUUCGAUGCCCUGCAGCUCUUCUGCGGCAUAUUUGGCUUCCGCUCUUGGAAAAACCACAGUCAUAACAGAUCCGUCCGACUCAUGAACAAAAUCUCUUGCUCUCUCACCCGCUUCUCUGGCUCUAGCCUGCCCCUGCCGGCUGCUUUUGUGUCUGCAUUGUUUGCAUGCUAUCACUCAAUAGCCUUCAAUCCAAUACAAACGCGCAUAUUUUGCUUGUCGUGCCGUAUUUUCGUUUCCCUCCUCUUUGUCCAUAGUCUGCAACUCAGCUUGCUGCUGCGAUUACUUUCACUGUCUGUACCUAGCCCACUUAGAUAAUACCUUCCAAUAUAUUGGCUGAUUUGAGACUCUGCUCCAUUUCGGCACUGCUUUUCUUUUACAUUUCUACUCCCUUUCGUCUUUGAAUCAUCCUGGCCUUCUUCCAGAAAGCCGCAAUUCCUUCGGUGAUGUUCUUUCCACCCAGUCCCUGGCACAAUUCUUUCUGAACCGCUAUAUCUUUUAUGAAGUACUGUCUAAUGUAGUUAUGGUCUUUCGCAGCUUCCCGCAAUGUGUACGCUUUUUUCAGACUCCUCCAUUGUCAUCAUACAGCAUCUGUUCAGAAUUGGAAUUUACGUUUUAUGCUUUUUAACUACCUAUUUUCAUCAUUCGUGGCAGUUUGCCUUAGCCAUUUUACGAUCGCCCCUUGCUGGUUUUUACUGCGCACGACUCUGAGCGGCAGACCCGUUUUCUGUAAAUUUUGUAUAGUUUUGUACAAUUCUGCUUAGUUUAUUUUUUUGCUGUCCGCCAUAUGCACCAGCUCCAAUGUGAGGGCGUUCUUUUUACAACAGCAGGGCCUCUGCUGCCCAUUCCUGUUAUCUGCCCCUCUGGCUCCCAUUCCCGGCUCUCUGGCCACCCACCCUUCAGUCUUGACUAGCUUUACUCUCUCUCUCUCUCUUGCCUACUGGCUGGCUGGCUGUUCUUGCCCCUAACCAAGUAACCGUCCUGCAAUCCGGUUUAAAUUCUAACUUCCAGUACAUCUGAACCGCACCAGGUCUCUCUCUGCAGUGCUGUGUGUGUGUGUUUCCUCAAUUUUCUCCUGACUUUUUCUUUUAUUCUC